UUCAACCAGUUAAUGACCACAAAUAAACGAAGUUAAACUUAAGAAUAUUAUAUUUAUGCAGUUAUGUUUCUCAAAUUCAAAUCAAUAGCUAUUGGGAUUUUAGAAAUCCUUUAUAUUCUAAAUACCUGUAAGUAUGCAAUUUAAAAAGACACUUUUAGCUUUUUAGAUUCUGAGUGUAGCAAAGAAUGUAUUGGUUUCACUAAGAUGUUUAUUGUUUUUUUAUCCUGUGUACAAGAAUUCAACCAUAAAUCUUGCUCAGAUAUGUACACACAGCACAAUUUCUGAAAGGGAAUUUUGUUCUGAUGGUACUUUUGGAAGGUCAUUUUUUGAUUUGCUAAGUGGUUUUCAUAAUAUCUUGGAAAAACCAAGAUCCGUAAAAAAACGGGAAAUGGACGAAAUUAAAGUUUUUAUUAUUUUAUCAAUUUUGUGAUUUGUUGUAAUUUAGUUAAAAAUAUUUGUAAAGAUUUAAAAUUUAGACAGAAAAUAUAUAUUUGGCUUUUUUAGACGAGCUAAAAUUUUCAAAAAAUGUAAGCAAUUUUUGAGCUAUUUAUAAACAUUUUAAAUUUGCUAGUUUUGUACGUAAUUUUUAUUCGGUUGGUACUCUGUGGUAAAAUUGUUAGACUUAACAGAAAUGUUUGAAAAUUUAACAGGAGAUUCAAUAAAUCUUACUUUGAAGUAAAAAAAAAAAAUAAAUUAAGUUUAAUAAAGUAUUUGUUUUUAUAGAAGAAUUUUAAUACUACAUUAUGUAUGAACAUAUGUGUAUUGUCAAUUUAAAAAGUAUGGUAAAGUCAGAAUUGAGCGGACUGACUACGUUUCGAAGUUCUACCUUUUUAAAUUCAGAUAGUAUGAAGAUAUUACAUGCUUGUGUUAAAUAAUUCCAUAUUGCUUAUUUACUAUAUGUUUAUUGAAGUCGAAUGGUCAUAAAUACGUAUUGUCAUACUAUGGGGUCGCGGGAUCACAAACCCCGGGGUCUUGAAAAGAAAUUGUUGGCACUUUUUAGAUCCUUUACCUAAAUAAAGAAAAAACAAAUGCAUUUUAAGUGUACCUAGAGUACCGCUCGCUCGGAUAACUUUAAUCAAAAAACACCCCUCGAUUUGUUGUGUAAACUUUUCUACCAGAAAUCUAUUUUCCAUGUAUCAAGUGAAGUUUAUUUUCUGAAACGAAAUAUAAUUUCCAUGGUUUAUGGAGGUCAAUCGUUUUUCAUAAUAACUAGGAAGAACAGGGAUCAAAUGUCAGAAAAACGGAAAAAAAAGAAAUGUAGGUGGUAUUAGUAAAAAAAUUGUAUCGCCUUUUUUUUCUGUGUACAACUUUUUUAACAGCAAUUUAGCUCCGAUUUAAAUUAUAGCACUUUUUUGAAAGUAAAUCUGAUUGGGAAAGUAAUUUUUCGAUUUUUUCUAGAGUUUCUUUAGCAAAUAUGAUAAUCCGGGAAAAAACAUAGGAAAACCGGGAAAACGUAGGAAACACGGGAAAAUUGAUACAAUAUUAAACAAAUAUUAAUAAAGAAAAUAUAUAAUGCCUAUGCAAUUAUUUUACCAUAAUAUGACAUAUAUAUGGUUAUCAAAGCAUCACUAUUAACUGAACUGCGCUCAGAAUCGUUUUUUCGUUAGCAAUGAUUUAUCUUUGGUUAUAGAUAUACAUUAAAUUACCUAUAACAGUGGCUGUACCCGUCUUCAUUAUCCUAGGACGUCUUUUUUUUUCAUAUUAAUUAUAUAAUAUGUAUUUUUUUGUUUUUUUGACUAAAUACUUUAUUCAAAUUAUUAUUAAUAUCUGUUACUUUCCCGGUAAGAAAAUUAUAGUAGGUCAUGGAAAAACAAAAACAAAACAUUAAAAGUACCAAGUGUACAUAUUGUUUUUUUUUCCGUACAUUACUCAUUAAUUCAUAUUACAAACUUCAAAUUAAUGAAAAUACAUAAAUAGCACUCGCUAUUUUAUUUUUUCUUUAUCUAGCUCUCUAAGGGAUAUUAGCAGUUGUCAAAAAAUACAUAAUAGAUUUUUUUCUGACUCAGUUUGAAAUAGUGCAAAAUUCCUAAAUACGGUCCUGCAUUAUUGUAUUAACGGAUUUUAUUUCAAACAACCCAUUGAAAAGAUCUUCCACUUUUAAGUCUAGGUAGAAAGAGAAUAGUGGAGCAUUAUUAAAAUGCCGUGCUUCAUGUCACCAAAUAAAUGACAAUAAAUUAUUGUGUCUAAAUUAAAACAUGUAUAUCAAGUAUCAUUCCUUUGAAAUAACAUAAUAAUAUAGUGUUCUUUUUUUGGCAGGUAAUAGUCAUGAACAUAAUUUCAUAAAAAAUUCUUGGGAAAAAUUACCUGGAAUAGUUAAUAGUCAGGCGUCGUCUUUUAUUAACAAUUCCGGAAAUUUCAUUCACAGUGUUGGGCAAAAUGCUUUUAAAAUAUCCAUAACGGAUGUCAUAAAUAAAUCUAAAUGUGUAAUACCGUCAAAUGCAAAUAACAUUGUCCGAGCUGCAUUAAUUCAACAGUGUGUUUCACCUAGUCUUGGUAAGUGAUGUUUAUAUUAUUAAAAUAAAUGAAUCAAAUAAUUUUUCCUAAAUCUUAAAUAACUAAAAUACUUUUUAAUUCUUGCAAUGUGAUUUAUCCAGUAAGUAGUUAUAAUAACCAUUGGUAUUUAAAAUUUUGAAUUAUUAAGUUAAAAUACAAAUAUAUAUUGUGUAUAAUAUAUAAAACAAAGUAAUAAGAAACAAUAAAUAUUUAAUGAAAUAAUAAAGUAAAAACAAAAUUAGUAAAAUGGUUAAUACUCUUAAAUAAAUAUAUAAAUAAAAAAUGUAUACAUACAAAUAAAAUAAAUUAAUUAAUGAAUGCGUCGUCUGGAGUAUUACGGUAAGUGUAUUAUACGAUCGGUUUCGAAUUAAAAAUUUAUCAUCAGUUAUAUCACAUCAAAAUUUAAAACGCUACUGAAUACAAAAAAUUAAAUGAAGGAAUACACGGAAAAAAAAUUCUUCUAAAACUGAAUUAAUGUAAAUGUUAUUUUUAUUAAUAUCUAUUAUUAAUAUCAAAACGUAUAUUAUGGUUAUUUUCUAAAACAUGUUUAGUGAAAUUUGAAUUAGGGGCAGUCUUUUCAAAUUUUAUUUCAGAAAUGUGUUCUUUAUAUCUUAUUUUAAAAUUUCUAUUUGUCUUACCUAUAUAAAAUUUAUUACAGUUACAUUUAAGUUGAUAUAUAACAACAUGUUCAAAAAAGAGGGAUUUUUGUGAAGUUUUUAGUUCUAUUGUUUAUAUGUUUGAUUAAAUUAUUAUUAGUCUUAAAAGCAAUUUUUACAUUAUUUGUAUUAUUGUUUAGAAUUUUAGCGAAUCAUUAAAUAUAAUAUUUUGAUAUUUCAUACUACAAUAGUUAACAACAUUAUUUGGUGAGUUGUGUAUUAUUUUUUCUUUAACACAUUUAUGCAUUUUUUUAAUAAUAUUUAAAUUGAAAUUAUUUUUAUGGGCUAUAUUAUAAAUAAUAUUGAGCUCGUGUUAAUAAUUAUGUUUAUUUAAUGGAAUACGUUCAAGUCUAUAGAAUAUUAAAUUAUAAAAUUAUAUUUUUUGAGAAUAGGGGUGUGAAUCAUGUGAAUCAUAGAAUCAUGUGGUAUUAUAGAAUUAGUUUAUUCAGGAUUUCUGUUUAUACUAAAAUCAAAUUUUUUCUCGAUUAUGAAAACUGUAAGAUCUAACAAAUUUAAUUAGUUAUUUAUUUGUAUUUCGAGUGUAAAUUGAAUGUUUUUAUUUAUUUUGUUAAAGUAGUUAACUAAAUUUUCUGCUUGUCUAUUUGACAAGAAUGAACAAAAUGAACAUGACAUCAACAUAUCUAUAAUAUGCUUUUAUAUAUGGACUAUAUAUUUUUUUGUUGAUAAUAUUAUUGGUUUCAUAAUUUUGCAUGUAAAUUUCAGAUAAAAGAGUACUUAAAGGACCACCCAUGACUAACCCAUCUUUUUGCAAAUAUAAUUUAUUAAUAUAUCGGAAUUAAAAUUUGGCUAUCAUUUCACUCCCAAAAAUAAACCUGAAAAAAAAUAAUGGUGAUGCAACAUUUAAAAUCUGCUUAUUUCAACGAUAUAAGAAUCGUCCUGUAUAAUGUACAUCAAUAGCUCUAAAAAUAAAAAAAAUUAAUAAACUGUCAUCAUUAUCCAACUGCAGUAUUAAUUACUAUUACAACAAUAGAAUCAAAUGAAAAUGACAAUGACCUGACCUUAGGUUAGGUUCUCCUUGCAUCACACUAUAUCUAUAUUUAUAGAUACUUCAUUCUUAUAACAUAAACUUAUUGAUAAUAAUAUCUUACAAAACAUUUUGUCUUUAACAAGUAAGUAUAACAUUGUAUAACAAUGAAUGUGAAGUAAUUGGUAACACGAUUACAAAUUAUAACACUGAAUAACUAUUAUCCAUAUUAAAAUAAGAAAAAAAAUUGAGUUUCUUGAUGACCAAACAAAUAAUAUAGAACCUCAUUAUAACAUUUAAAUUACCAAUUUAUUUUCAUGUUAUAUAUGGAAUUUAAAUUUGUAGGUUAUGGAAAUGAAACUAGAUGUUUUGACGAACUUGGAUGUUUUCCAAUGGAAUAUCCUUGGACGUCUGUUUUAAGACCAUUACCACAACCAAUGAAACCUGAAGAAGUAGGAACCAAGAUAUUCUUAUAUACCAGGUACCUAUGAAUUUAAUAUCACAUUUAAGAUUAAAACAAUUUUUAAAUUAUCUCUUUUUUAAAGCAAACAUAAGGAACAGUACAAUGUAACAUUAUGGCCAAAUAUUUCAAUAGAAGGAUCAGAUUUUGAUGCUGAUAGGAAUUACACAGUAUUUUUAGUACAUGGAUUCCUUAAUGACACUACAGAUGUAUGGAUGGCUAAUCUUAAAGAUGCAUAUUUAAAAAAAGUAAUAAAUAUAAUUUAAUUUGAGAAAUAUGAAGUUAACUCGUACACUAAAUUUUAUCUAGUAAUUUAAUUAGUUAAGUAAUUUAAUAAAGUUUAGUAUUUUAAGAGUUAGUUAAUAAAUUAAUUUUUAAAAUUUGUUUAGUACCUAAUUGUACUGAAAAUGUUAAGAAAUUAAGUAAAAUUGAAGUAUAAGCUAUAAGAAUUCAAAUUUUUUUUGAGUUCUAUUAUAUUCAAAAUCAUUAUUCAAAGGAAUAAUUAUUAAUAAUAAUUAUAAUUACUUUAAAUUGUAAAUAACAUUAAAAUAUAAGUUCAAAUUCCGUGGUUUGUCUAACAUGUAUGAGAGUAUUACAGAGAAUUACAAGAAUUACAGUUUUAUAAAAUUAUAUUAUUAUAAUACCAACACAUAUAAUUUUUAAAUACUAAAUUGUCCAUUAAAUGUUUUUGAAACUAUUUGAACAUAAAUGUCUAUUUUAUAAUAUAAUAUAAUAUUUUUUGUUAGCGUGAUGCCAAUUUUUUCUUAGUGGACUGGGGUUUAGGAGCACAUCAAAUGAACUAUCUACAAGUAGCUUCAAACACAAGAAUUGUUGGUGCUGAAUUAACUAGGUAAGUUUUUGUAUUGUAUUGUAAGUAUAUAAUAAAUAUCAAAUAAUUAAAAAGUAUUGAUACAAGACUGGUACAGAAUUAUUUUAUUAGUUACUUUUUUUUAUAACACUAUAGUAAGAGUACAAUGUUGUAUUUUCUUUUGAAAACGACAUAAAUUAAAUGCCUGUAUUAUGAAAAUGAAUCAGAAAAAUGUAUUCUAUUCAUUCUAUAAUUAACAUUUUAAUUUUUGAUUUUCAGAUUAGGAAAAUUUUUAAUAGAUCAAUAUAAAUUGGAUCCUAGUAAAAUACAUUUAAUGGGUCAUAGUUUAGGAGCUCAAGUAUCUUCAUACUUCGCUAAAACCUUCCCUGGUAUAUAUAGAAUAACAGCUUUUGACCCUGCUCAACCAGGAUUUGAAGGAUGCUCCAAAGAAGUACGACUUGAUAAAUCAGAUGCAAAAUUUGUUGAUGUCAUACAUACAAGUGGUAGACCGUUCAUUCCACUUUUAGGAUGUGGGUUCGUAGGCCCAGUUGGUAAUAACAAUUAAUAUAUAUUUUGAAAAUGUAUUAUUUAAAAAUAGUAGAUAAUAUUUACUGAUAGUUAAGAUUUAUGAAUAUUUAACAUUAAUUGUUAGGUCACGUGGAUAUUUAUGUAAAUGGUGGUAUGAUGCAGCCUAAGUGUACUUGGCCCCAAAUGGAAAUAAAUGGGCUGAAAGAUAUUUCGGAUCUAGCUACUAUCUCCAUGAAUGGUAAAAAAAAUUAUUCAAUUUUAAAAAAAUUUUAUAGGUGGCUUAAAGAAACAUUAAGACAAAGUUUAAAUUAUAAAUUACUUACACGGAAUCAAAUUUUUUUGAAAAAAUUUUCAUUUUCAUAUGACUAUAAAAAUGUAUAAUCAUUUAAAACUAACAAAGACAAUUAUUAUUAUUAUGCUUCACAAUUACAAAUAUGGAUAUUAAUUAAAUAUUUUAUUGUAUUUUAUAUUUUUUUUUUUUUUUUAUUUCUAUUUUAUACUUGUUAAUCUUAUUAAUAACAUAUUGAAUAAAUAAAAUAUUAAAUGAAUACAAGAUUUUUCGAAUUUCAUGUUACAGUAAAAUUUUCCAUGAAUUACUUAUUUUUCAAAUUUAUUUAUUUUUUGCUGUGCUGCCACAAAAAUGAUGUUCCACUACUUAUUAAACCAGAAUUGUCCGGAAAAUAAUCAGACGGAUUGUAAAAAUUAUAAAUUAAAAUUAUACGAAUAAGUUAUACAUUGACGAAUGUCUCGUAAACAGAUUGAUGGAAAUCAAAAAUAUCAACACCUAAAUGUAUUUUAACUAGAUAAUACUCCGUCUAUUUAUGGAAUUUUUAAUCAAAAAUAGGUAACCUUUUCGACCCCAAAAUAAGAGUAACAAAAAUAAGAGGAACGUACAAUUUUAAAAUAUACCUAUAAUUCCAAAAGGUUAUAUUUGAAAAAAUAAAUAUUUCAAAGAAAAUUUGACUGUAAUAUGAAAUUUAGAAAAUCCUGUAUGUGUAACUAAGGAAAAGGUUGAAAAUGAUAUUCAAUUUGUGUCAGUAAAAAUAAAUAGUAGUUCCUUUGGGAAUUUUUUAUGAGUAUUUAAUAUUAAAUAUGGCUUUUAGUAAUGAGGGAUUGGAUUAUAUGCUCACAUCAAAAAGCGAUUUGGUAUUUCCUCGAGUCAUUAGAUGAUUCUUGCAUAAUAUGGGCUAGAAAAAUAAAUACAAUACCAAUACCUCUUAGGUAAGGUUAUUUUUAAUAUUCUAGUUCAAUUAAAUAUAAAAUUAUUCAUUUUAGAUUCUGAGCGGAGCGAGGAAUGUAUUAGUUUCAUAAUCGUGUUUAUUUUUUUAUUAUUAUUAUUAUUAUUUUUUUUUUUUGUGAACAACUUUUCACUCAAUAAUUUUACUCAAAUUUUCAAGUAUAGCACUUUUUUUGGAAAUCCUGGAAGAAAAUCUGAGUGGCGUGAUACUAAAGGAGAUAAUUUUUGAUUUUCCAAGGGGUUUUCAUAAUAAAUGAGAAAACCAGGAAAACCAUAGGAAAAACAAAAAAAAUUUACAAAAUAUAUUAUUUUCAAAACAUGUUUAAUCAAACUCCACUCAGAAUCAUUUUUUAUUAGUAAUGAUUAAACAUUCAAUAAUUCUAAACUACUACUGUUGUUCACACAUUGUGUGAAGUAUCUACGUUUGUUUUUUAAACAAUAAAUGUUAUAUUCCACAGCAAUGUGGCCAUCGGCGUAUUUAAACCAUUUAUUCCACCGCCUAAAAAAUGUGCACCUGGUGAAUGUUUACCAAUAGGUUUAAAUACCGACAAAUAUUCAGUACAAGGAAUUUUUUAUGCAGAAACUAUGGAUGUCGCGCCUUAUUGUAGUAAGCAUUUUUUCGAUUCAAAUUAAAUACAACCUAUAUUUUAAGCGCAUAAACAAAGUAAAUAAAAUAAUAAUAAUAAUAAUUAAACGGGUUUCUUACUCGUGUACCACCAGAUAGAAAAAUAUUAACUUUAAUAGUUGUUAACUACGGCAUUUUAUAGAAAUCUGGAAUCCAGAUUUGUUCAUUCCGGUUUUUUACGCGUCUCUUCACUGCACGGCAUAAUUUAAAUUGUAUACUUUUGUUAAUUUUCCAAAAAUACUUAUGUAGAUAAAUCUAAAAUCAGACCUGGGGUGUAUAAUUUAUAAUUGUAAUUAUUAAUUGUUAGGUUAAGGAAUAUAUUAUGAUAAUAAUAAAAUAAAUUAUAAAUGUAAAAAGAUAUAAUUAUUAAUGACACAUUUAAAAUGAUAAUGAGUUUUAAUAUAUUUGUUGUUUCCUUACUUACAGAACUUGAUUUGGAAACAAAUCGAUUAAUGGGCAUAUUGUCUAAUCUUCAUCUCUGAGAACUAAAUAAAAACAUGAAAUAUGAUAUAGGUAUGUACAUUUUUAUAUGAGUGUACCAUGUCUUUAUGACUUUAUAGAAUUUUAAACUAUCAUUUAUAGUCAUUACCAGUAUUAUUUUAUAGCUAUAAUUUAGGUACCUGCAUUCAUUAUUUAUAUACUUACAUAUUAUGACAAAUAAUUAUUUAAUUUUUACAGGAACAACAAAAUCAAUUAAAUUGUAUACAUUUCCAUGUAUUUAAGAGAAGUAAAAGCAAAUAAUUUAUGAUAUUUUCAAGUUUUUCUCAUAUUUUUGUCGAUUAUUGAUUUUUUUUUUAUAUAGAAACAAAUGCAAUUAAAUUAAAUAGCAAUGUAUGUAUGUUAUAUUAUAAUAAUUUCAUUUAACGAAUAUGUUUCUUACAAAAGUUUAGAAAUUGUAUUUAGUCUGUUAAUUUAACUAUUAUCGUUUUUUGUUAAUAUAAUAAUUUUAGUUGUUGAUAAUUGUGUG